GUCCACCAGUGGUCUCUUCUGUCAUCAGUGAUCAUCGAAUCGCAGAAAUCACCACCAUGAAAUUCUUCCUGCUGGCUUCUCUGGUGGUGCUGGCGGCCGCCCGGCCCCAGGACCUGGAGCCCCAGUUCAAGACCCUGGAAGAUGCCGGCAUCCUGCGCAUGGAUUCGACCAUGAACGAGGACGGCUCGUUCCAGUAUGGCUUUGAGACCACCGACCCGAUCCAGCAGGACGUGGCCGGACAGCCCAAACAAAUUGGAGAGGAAGUUGGAAUCGCCAUGCAGGGAUCGUACAGCUUCCAGACUCCUGAGGGUCAGACCAUCACCAUCAACUGGGUGGCCGACGAGAAGGGUUACCAGCCGGAGGGCGAUGCCAUCCCGGUGGCUCCGUCAGUCUAAGUCCAUACAGAACCGAGUACCAGACCAUCCCCUGGAUCCCUGGGUGAGGUCUGACGUCCGUGACACCAACCGUUCAGCCACCGCCCAGAGGCCUCCAUCCGGCCACCCGGCGACCCGCACCCGAAUGUCCUCAGUCUUUAUGUCAUAAUGCGCUCGCGGUCACUUGUAUGCUGUGUGUAUGUAGGCAUAGAAAUGCAUGCAAUAUAUAUCAGCAGCAAUCUG